AUGAGAGAAGAGAUUCAGAUACAAACAGAAAAGAAGUACAGUCAGCAAGUGAAGAAGAGGAAGAUGGUGACUCAGAAACAGAGGAAGAACAGGAACAAAAAUAAGUUAAAUUUAUUGGAAGAUGUCAUUGAUAUUUGGGGGAACAUUUCCAGAUUUGCUAAAUGCCAGAUGUUAGUGAAAAAGGUUGGAGAUGUAUUCUGGACUGAUGGAUGUACUCAGAGGUGUUCCUGCUUAUCAGAAAAUAAUCUUAGAUGUUCACCUUCAAGCUGUAAUGAAGACCAGAUUUGCACUAUACGGCAUGGAAAGCUGGGCUGUCAGAGCACCCUUACUACAUGUACUGUUGCUGGAGACCCACAUUACUACACCUUUGAUGGAGCAGUUGCUCAUUUUCAAGGGAGCUGCACUUAUGAUAUUGUCAAAAUCUGUAACUCCUCAUUAGACUCAGCCUUCACAUUUAGCAUCCGUGCUGAAAACCGUAAAAGAGGAAAUCCCUAUGUAUCUUUUGUUUCACGGGUGGAAAUCAUACUGCAAGAUAGCUCAUUUCAAACAGGCAUUAUCAUUGGAGCAAGUAGAAUUGUACAGGUGAAUGGAGCUACUGUUACUCUACCAGUAAAUGUUGGAUCAUUGGCAUCCAUUUCUCAGCUCAAUGACAUGGUUGUUCUCAAGGCAGAUGGAGUUGAAAUAAGUUAUGAUGGCUUUAGCACCUUAAUUGUUAGAGUGGGACAACACUACAAGAACUCUUUAUGUGGAAUGUGUGGAAAUUUUAAUGAUGAUCCCAAUGAUGAUAAGAGCUUGAUAGAUGGGAUGGCAGCAAUGAAUGACCAACAGUUUGGUAAUGGAUGGAAAUCAGCCACCAGCCUUACAGGGUGUGAAGAUGACAGUGAUAAUGGAUUUGUAUGUGACAACUUACCAAGGAAUGAGAUCCUCUGUGAAAUCAUAACUGACAGAACGGGGCCAUUUGCUGACUGUCACUGGCAUGUCGAUCCUGAGCCUUACUAUUCUUCUUGUGUAUACGAUCUUUGUCUUUAUGGAAUAGCCAAUGGGAUGUUGUGCACAGCGGUCAGUUCAUACCAGCAAGUCUGUGAAGCACAUGGCAUCCAGAUCCCAAUAUGGCAAACCAUGAUAAACUGUCCCUUGAGGAAUCCAUGUGAAACACAAGUGUGUACAGACAAGGAAUGGUGUGGUGAAUAUUAUGGCCAAUAUGGGUGCUACUGUUCUGAAACAUUUGACAAUCAGACAAGAAGCAGCUAUGACUACAGCAUUUCCUGUUCUGGCAACACCAGUUUUGUUUCUCUGUCUCGCUGCCUGGUAUUUACAGAUGGCUUUCCACUGAGUGCUUUACACCUAAAUGAUCCUAUCUGUACUGGGAUUUUACAAGAUGGAAGGUUAAUAUUCCCAUUCGACAGCAGCAAGAGAACAUGUGGCACAAAGUUGCAAGUAAAUGAAACUCACUUCAUCUAUUCAAAUGCCAUCCAAGGAACAACAAGAAAUACAAAUAAUAGUGUGAUGAUCCGAGAAAGGAAAAUAAACAUUGCAUUCAGAUGUGAAUAUCCUCUCAGUGUAAACCUAUCAUCAACGCUAUCUGUUAAGCCAGUUGAGAGUGUUAUUAAUGCAAGUCUGUCUUCUGGCCAAGGGAUAUUCCAGACAAAGAUGAUUUUGUUCCGGGAUUCUGCAUACAGUCAGCCUUUUACAGUUACCCCAGUGACUCUUGCUGUAAAUAUUAGGCUUUAUAUUGGAAUCAUCCUUACAGGAAUAGAUCCAGACCAAUUUGUGAUAACAUUAGUUUCAUGCUGGAGCACUCGAACCAGUGACCCCACAUCAAGCCCUAAAUGGGAUCUCAUUAUUAACCGCUGUCCAAAUCCCAGUGAUGGAACUGUUAUUAUUGAUGAAGAUGGCGUGUCAACAAUUGCACGAUUUUCUUUUGCUGUGUUUAAGUUCCAAGGUGCUGCCACACAAUUUUAUGUUCACUGCCAAAUUCGCCUUUGCAAUAUACAGACCAGCAUAUGCACUACAUAUUCAAAACAGAAAGGAUCUCCCACUUAG